GAUCAGACGAGUAAAGGAACUGGCUGUGCAGGCUGUGCAAGCGAAGCUUCUCAGGUGAGCUCAUUCCUCCUAGUACACACCUGUAGAAAGGGAGAAGACAACACUUCCCUCGUUCAUUAUAACGGAUUUCGCCGCAGUGGAAACGUCUCCGGGAUUACCGACUACACUGAACACGCAUCAGCUCUGCUUUUCUCCGUUUCUGCUGCUGCUGUUUUUUUGUUGAUGCUCACAUGGAGACUGCGCUCUUCUAGGAUUUACCUGAGCCGCAGUAUGCUCCCGGUCUCUCUCACCUGCUUCUGCAUCCCGUAACCAACAAUCAGCCGUGAAGAAACCGAGAUAUUUCACCUCUCGUCCCGGUCAGACGUCUUCCUCUCUCUGAUGGCUGGAUUCUUCCAGCAGUUACGACUCCUUCUAUGGAAAAAUGCCCUGGGGAUCAUCAGGCAGCCGGUCUGGUCUCUGGUUCUCCUCAUCUGGCCCAUGGUCAUCUUCGUCAUCUUAGCCAUCACUCGCUCGCAGUUUCCUCCGAUUAUAAAAGACCCGUGCUAUGUGGCCCCGAGGAACCUCCCCAGCGCAGGGUUCUUCCCCUUCCUGCAGACUCUCAUGUGUAACACUGACAGCACCUGCUCCAGUAAAUCCUACCUCCAGGAGUCCAAGUCCAGCGGCCUACGGCAGCGCAGGGACAUAAACACACACAGUUCUCCAUUGUUACCUCAUGGUUUACCUCCUCUACCCGACCUGGAGAAAUUGGGUUUGGUCCAUGUGAUCAGGAAGAGAGAGACGUCCAACACCACAGAGAUCCUACAGAAGUGGGAUAGAUGGCUGAAUUCCAGCAUUCAGGCCUCAUCGAACCUCACCACGACUAUCUUGGAUACCAUCAACAACACCAUGGUGGCCGAUGAGGACGUCUUGAACGCCAUCCUAGUCUCGACGGGAACCCUGAAAAGCAUAUUCUGCAAUGUCUCCAUGUCUAUGCUGGCCGAUUAUAAUCAAUCCAGCGCGGUGUUGGAGCAUUUCUGCAGGUCCAACGAUACGGCUCUGGAAGUUUCUCUCUCCAUGCUGAACCAGUUAAUGGCUGAGUUGGUGCUCCGAGAUCCAAUGAAAGUCAUCGAGAUGGUCGAGAUGUCCGUGGAAACCAUGGACAAGCUUCAGACACAGUCUCCACUGUGGGACUUCCUCUUGGGGUUGCCAAAUAUCUUCCUGAAAUCCACAGAUCAGGAGACGAUCAUGGCUAUAGCUGAGCAACUGAUGGGGAUGAAGCAGGCAUUGAACUCAUUUCAGAGCAGCUUCCAGCAGGCUAACGCUUCUAUGGACAUGCUGAACCCUGUCAUCGAUGAAGGCAUCGAGCUCCUCAACUACCUCCAGAGCUGGAAGGGCAGAAAUGUUAACAUUCCCUUGGCUAAAGUACUGACGACGUCCAACAUGUCUCUAAUUAGUCCUGAAAUGGCCAACCUGCAGAUUCCCCUAAAUCAGGUGCUCGUAUUGUUCAACAGAACCACCUUCUCUGAGUUUUUGUGCACCAACAGAUCUUUCUGUGACAGCCAAGAAGCCGACAUUAUUUAUGAAUGGAUAGAUCAAGAAAAAGUUGCUCUACAGGUGUUGUUGACCUGGAGUCAGUCUGCGACUUCUCCAGCAGAUAUUUCCUUUGCUAAACACAUUCUGGGUCAAUUUGGCGUUUUCACGAACGGACCUAACGAAGACUUCGAGAAUGGAGCCAGCCAGCCAGCAACAAUGCAGGAACAAGUAUUCCUAGGGAUUGGGAAUACAGUGAUGAGCAUGCUGAGUGGAACACCAGGCUGGCAUUACAUUCAAAUUCUCAUGAUGGGAGCUCAUUCCACCAUGAGGUUUGCCAGAGCAGCAAUGGAGAGCCAGCUGGCUCAUGUCCAACCACUGCUGCACAAUCCAGAGAAUCUCCAGGCGAUCCUCAUCGAGCAUGAAACUGCAAUGCAUAACAUGACACCUUGGUUGGAUGUGGGUGAGAAGCUGAAUCAGAUAUCCAGUGUCAUGAAUGGCACUUUGGUGUACAACGUCACACCUGCUAUGAUCCUGACCGAAUGGCACAGGUUAUACAACACUGCACAACAGUUCAUUAACACCAUCAUGGCGGCUGUUCAACUUUUCCAGGACAAACUGUUCAGUCAGUUUCCACAUAACUCAACCAUCGACUGGACCGAGAUUCUUCUAAACAGUACUUUGGAGGAGUUUGCAUUUGUGGGGCCAGUACUUCAGAACAGCAGUCACUGGUCAGCCAUGGAGACACACUUCCAAAUGGCACACUGGAUCAUGACCUUCCAACCUAAUAUCACCGCACCACCAAACUGCACGUUUACCCCAAAUGAUACUAUCUGCCAGAUGAGAUUUACGUGGGAGGGGUUUAUUCCAGUGGUUGGAUCUCUUCUUCAAGAAAUCAGGGAGAAUCCAAGAGCUCUUCUCAGACCCAUCCAGGGAGCAGAGUUCCUGCUGAAAAGCGUCAUGAUGGACACCUACAUGAAUCAUCUACAGGAGUUCCACAACAGCAUUGGACAAAUUCAUCCUGGUGUGUCACCGCAGAACCUCUCAAUGGGUGUCAUCGACUUGGUCAAUCAGUACCUACAGUUUCUCCUGAAUAUCCCACCCCCUGACAAGCUAGAUGAAGACCUCUUGCUUGUCAUGUUGAAUGACACUUUGGUAGACUUUGGCCUGGGACAUUUAGGGGAUCUAUGGUCAGAGGAUUCAAACUACAGUAAACCCAAUGCUGUGGUUCAUAACAUCCUUCAUUUCUUGAGUCCAGAGUCCAUUCAGAUGCUUAACAGUGAAGGGAAGUUUACAGUUCUGUGUGCCAUCCUACAAGAACUCUUGGUUCCUGAAGAACAUAUACAAUUUGAAGGUGUUUUUAACCAUACACAUGCUCUGUUUGAAGAUUUGGCAUUGUGUGCAGCUAGUGGAGAAGACUGCCUGUCUGAUGUUUCACAGCUUUUCCAGAUGCUAUCUUCACUUGAGGAAAUGUUGCCACCGGGAGAAGAUGGAAAUUUCACCAUGAUGCCCAUUAAGUACAAUAUGACAUGGUCUGUUGCUGGUCAUAUGCUUCACCUCCUUCUACCAUGGAACAUGUCAGAAUCUUCUUCAUAUACAAUGGACAAUGUCAGUGAGAUCAUGUUUCUCUUUGAACAGUUGUCUGGCUCACACAAUUUCAAUGCUAACAGCUCUCAGGAAGACCUGCAAGCGUUAAAUAUCACAAUUUUUGAUUUGGCAAAUUUCACACAUCUAUCAGAAGGUUCUUGCAUGUCUCAGCUACUCUCAAAGCUCAUAAAGCUCAUCGAAAUCUCACAGUGCCUGAACCCUCUGCUCCACGACCGAGCAUCUCAGAUUGGUUCCAGAGUACCAGAAUGCACCAUGCAGAUUAUUGAGGGGUUAAUAGGUUUUCUUCAGGCCAUACCCAUGUUGGAAGGCUUCCAUCCGCAUCUUACCUCCUUUCUUAAUAUGGUGUUUGAUGAAGCCAUGGAGUUAAGGAACAUGUCUAGCCUAGAGACUGAUUUGUCUGGAAUGAAAGAAGAACUCUUGUCAGGGGGGUCAAACAACACAAAACUCAAUGCUUUGGUUAUGAACAUUGUCCAGCUGUUGAGUCCAGAGUCCAUUCAGAUGCUUAACAGUGAAGGGAAGUUUACAGUUCUGUGUGCCAUCCUACACGAACUCUUGGUUCCUGAGGAACAUAUACAAUUAGAAGGUGUUUUCAACCAUACACAUGCUCUGUUUGAAGAUUUGGCAUUGUGUGCAGCUAGUGGAGAAGACUGCCUGUCUGAUGUAUCACAGCUUUUCCAGAUGCUAUCUUCACUUGAUCAAAUGAUGCCACCGGGAGAAGAUGGCAAUUUCACCAUGAUGCCCAUCAAGUACAAUAUGACAUGGUCUGUUGCUGGUCAUAUGCUUCACCUCCUUCUACCAUGGAACAUGUCAGAAUCUUCUCCAUAUGCAAUGGACAAUGUCAGUGAGAUCAUGUUUAUCUUUGAACAGUUGUCUGGCUCACACAAUUUCAAUGCUAGCACCUUUCAGGAAGACCUGCAAGCCUUAAAUAUUACUAUUUUUGAUUUGGCAAAUUUCACACAUCUAUCAGAAGGUUCUUGGAUGUCUCAGCUACUCUCAAAGCUCAUGGAGCUUGUUGAAAUCUCACAGUGUCUGAACCCUCUGCUCCACAACCGAGCAUUUCAUAUUGGUUCCAGAGUACCAGAGUGCACCAUGCAGAUUAUUGAGGGGUUGAUUGGUUUUCUUCAGGCCAUACCCAUGUUGGAAGGUUUCCAUCCGAAUCUUACCUCCUUUCUUAAUAUUGUGUUUGAUAUAGCCAUGGAGUUAAGGAACAUGUCUAGCCUAGAGACUGAUUUGUCUGGAUUGAAAGAAGAACUCUUGUCAAACAACACAAAACUCAAUGCUGUGGUUAUGAACAUCGUCCAUCUGUUGAGACCAGAGUCCUUUCAUAUGCUUCAGAGAGAGGGAAAGUUUGCAGUGACACAUGCCAUCUUGCAUGAACUUGAAGCACUCUUCGAAGAUGAGCAGCAAAUCUAUUUAGAAGGUUUUCUCAAUUACACACAUGGUCUGUUUGAAGAUUUGGCAUUCUGUGGUCAAGACUGUCUGUCUGGAGUGUCACAGAUUUUCCAGAUGCUAUCUUUACUUAAUGAAAGCAUGUCAGUGGGAGAAGGUGGCAAUUUCACAAUGAUGCCCAUUGAAAGCAAUAUGACUUUCUCUGUUGCUGCUCAUAUUCUUUCCCUUCUCCGGCCAUGGAACAUUUCAGAAUCUUCUCCAUAUAGGAUGGACAAUCUAAGUGAGAUCAUCUACUUCCUUGAGCAGUUGUCUGGUUCACCAAAUCUCAGCAUCAACAACAUUCAAGAACUGCUCGAAGCCUUGAAUCUCACAAUGUUUGAUUUAGAACAAUUCUUUCAACAAUCAGAAACUUCUUCCAUCUCUCUGCUCCUUUCAAAGCUCAUGGACCUUGUUAACAGCUCAGAAUGCAUGAGGCCUCUUCCUCCUGGCCCUUCAUCACAUACAGGCUCCACAGUGCCGGAAUGCAGCAUGAAAAUUAUUGAGGGGUUAAUAGGUUUCUUUCACACAAUUCCCAUGUUUGAUUGCUUCCAGACAAAUUUUACAUCCACUUUAAAGAUGGUGUAUGAUGAAGCAAUGGAGUUGAGGAACAUUUCUAGCUUGGAGUCUGAUCCGCUUAAAGUGACAGAAGAAGUAUUUGAACUAAUUCUGGAAAGUAUCAGACAGAACCUUGAAAAUCUCGAUGUGGAAAAUGUGACUUCUAUCGAAACAGAGCUUGAUACAGUGGAGAGACUUUUAAAGGUGGUAUUUGAAGAAGAAUACCACUACCCAUACAAUAUGAUCAAUUCUACAUUGAUGACACAGCAGGCCUAUGCUCAGAAGAUGUAUAAAGAAAUCACCUUGUGGUACCUGCAUAACCUGGAGAAUGCCACAAGUGACAGCAUGUUCAGAGAGAUUCUUUACCCAUUUAUCCAGAUGUCAGAAAUGAUGGCCACAAUCCAUGCUGCUCAUUCAAAUUUCUCCACACUGGUGUCCAAUGAGAUCCAGAACUUAACCGUCCAUGUUCAACCUCCUCUAAAUGGCGAAGAUCUGAAUCAGAUCAGCAAUGCAAUACUAUCUUUAAUACAGGGUCAUCUACAGUUGAUAAAGAUGAACCUUGAUCUUCAACAGACCUUUUAUGAUUCCAUGGGUUUACAAACUAAUACAAGUAUACCUAUUGACAUUGAAGCUGAGCUCCAAAACUACCACAACAUGAUACAAAGUUGGAUCACAAACCCACAAAUGACACUUGCCUUUAGCAAAAUAUUCCAGUGGAACAAUAAUUUGACUGAUUUCACUAUUCCAGCUAUGGAUCUUGAAGAGCUGAUGCAAGCCUUGGCGCCACUGCUUUCCCCAGAGGAGCAGGUGUAUAUCAACAAAACUGAUCAAGUCUUACAGUCUCUGAAGUAUACCUUGAUGCUAGGCCAAACAGACUCCGGUCUCCAGAGUGAAAACUUCACUGAAGCCAUCAUGGAUUCUUUGAGAGUCUUCUUGGACAAUAUGUUCAAUUACACAGAUACGACAUACACAAACAAUGAUAUCAUUGAAGUUGUCUACAACACAGUUCAACUACUGCUAAGCCCUAAUAUCAGCCAUGCUCAAACUCAGCAGCUCAUCAUACAAGUUGCACAAGAGAUGGAAAGCUUUGUCACUUCCAUUGCUCCAGAUUCGGCUGAGGUGUUGACUCCUAGCAUCCAGAGCCUCAUAUCAACUAUAAACAGUAUCUCAAAUCCUGGUGAACCUACCCAGUGGAAUGAAGCCUUUGUGGCAAUGAUGGAGGAAAUCCAGAGUUCUCUGCCUUCCAACAGCACAGCCAACACCUACAUAUCCUCAAUACUGGACAUCGCCAACUACAUUCUGAACCCCAAGCAAGGAAACGCAAGUUUGUGGGCGAGCGUAGCUGAUCUGAAUCCUGACAACCUCGAUAAUGUUACACAACAGCUUUCCGGUCUCCUGGAUUUCGUUCUCCCGUUCUUUAUGGACCACAACGGAACAGAUCUGACCCCUGAAUCUGCUCAAGCUCUGACCGGCUAUAUCCCGAUUCUCAUCCAGAUCUUUUCAAGGACACCGGACCAGCUGACGUUUCAGAGGCUGGAAAACAUGACAACAGCUCUUCUGUCGCACCUGAUGACCACACCCACAGGGAACUCUCUGCCAUUUGCUCUAGAUCUCAUCAGGAAUGUCGCCACAUCCCUGGUGCAAAGCGUGCGAGUGCAAACCGAGCUCUUCUCCAGUCUCUCGGAUGUUUUCUCUGACGUGGACGCCAGUAACAUUUCUCUCGUCAUUGACGAACUGCUUCAGGCCUUCCGGUCCACUCUAGAAGCCACACUACAGGUUCCAGUGGGUAGUGAGAUGCUGAACUGCAGCUCAGUGGUGAAUCUCUGGGAGCAGGUCUCUGAGGCAGCAGAGAUGAACAGCAGCGUGUUUACAGACUGGUGUAAUGAUCACGUCCUCCCACUAUACAACAUUUACCAGGCUUUCCAUCAUCAACCAGCAGGCUACAACGUAACUGGUCUGGAUCCUCAGUGGGUGGAUGCCACAGUUGCAGAGAUCGUGACGUCUCUGGAGAUGUUCUACUCCGCCGGGUUUAAUGAGUCUCUGAGCGUGCAAAAUCUGUCCCAAGGCUUCAUGGAGCACUUCAACCUGUCUCUCUCAGCUGUGGGAAAUCUAUCAGACUGGAGCAGCCUGCUCGUGCAGAUACACAGUCUAUCCUUUGCACAAAUGGCCUUGGAGACCGCUAUGCUGCAUCUGAAUCAUUUAGGUGGGAAUCAGUACGUCCUGGCAGUUCAAAAAGCCAUUGAAUACAUGCUGGGGAGUCACAAUGUACACAAUGUAACAGCGAGCCAUGAGAUGGUCAUUCACGCCCUGGACGUGGUGCUCACCGCUAUGAACUUCAGUAGUGAGCAAAUUGACGGUUUCCUGAGUAGCGACAUAUUCACCAUGAAUAACAGCUUGCCCAUUGACCAGCACAUAAAGGAGGUGAUUAGUAAAAUCACUGAGAUGAGACAGCUUGGAAACUGGUCCAUGAUAUAUAACAUAAUGGAGCAUCUGCUGCACAUUGAGAACACAAGCAACAUCUUGAUGAGAGUGCAUGAACUGGUCAGCUGGUACAAUACUACUGAAGACACUGGAGUGUAUUUUGGCGUAAAGAUGCUCACCAAGUUGUAUGAGAUGCUCACACCAUUACUGCCAACUGUAACCCCUCUACCAUGCUACUCUGACCUCUUUAUCGGGCUUGCUGGCAAUGCUUUGUAUGCACUGCAACACAUUUCUGCCACCACCAACCUGUUCACACCCAUCAAUAGCUACCUCAAGCCAAUCCAAAUGCAACUUGCUCUGGGAGACAGUCUAAGGGAUCUUGUAUCCGAAACCCAAAACGCCAGAAGAUUCGUACAAAAUCUGACCAGAGAGCCAGUGGAUGACUUUCUCGACCUGCUGGAUAUCAACUACCACAACUUAUCUCAGAUUCUUUCCAUGCCUCUCAGUUCUGAAGAAAUGUUGGAGACCAUGCACGUUUUCUUUGCAAACCCAGACCUGGGGGUCUUCCUCAAGGGUGUAACAAGGAGCAUGACAGGAAGCUUGGUUGAAGACGAAACCAUCGAUACAAUCCUUGGUACGCUAGCCUACUUGACACUUCCAAGCAAUGGUGGAACGUUUAUGGAGAUGAUCACACAGACCACCAGUCAAGCCUGGGGCAUGAAUGAUAUGCAGCUGGUAGAAAGCUUGGGUGGAGUUGUUGGAAUAAUAAGGAUGCUUUCCCAGCAGCCAUCUUUGAGUAUAGCUCAGAAGGUUCAACAGAUAGCUAAUCAGCUCACUUCUGCAGCGACAUACACCAUGGCACACCAAGGUAAUCGUAGUGAAAUCCUCGCAGACAUCAACAAUAUCCUGUUACAAAAUCUGCAGCAGAUGCCGAACACCAGCCUCGAGGACCAAUAUGUCCUUCAAAACAUAAUCAGCUCGUUAUUAUCUCAAUCACAGUUAGACUUCGGAUCCUACAUGAUGGUAAUCGACCAAACCUCUGAAACUGUUGCCUCCCUUGUACCUCCUGAGGAAAUGGUGUAUUUCAACAUUUCAGCACGGAUGAUGGAAGCUUUUUCUUUGCUCAGGUUGCAUCCAGAAGAUCUGGAGAAAGUGAUGAUGUCAAGUCAGGAGAUUGCUGAUUCACUGAGUCUCAGCUUUGCUCUUUCUAACAUGAGCACUCUUAUAAAUGGUCAGUCCAUCGAGAACAUUUCAUACCCCUUCAUUCUAAACACUGCCCUGGCAACUCAAAUCUUGUUCAAUCUCUCUGUUUCUAACUACACCUUUAGUAGUGAUGUGGAACGAAACAUGAUCUUGACCCAGAUGACCCAGAAGCUCCCAGUGGAAAUGCAACAUGACCUCCGCCCUCUCACAUCUGCUCUCCUUUUAGCUCUUUCAGAUGUCUCAGACACAGCCCAAAUCAGACCUGCUUUCUUUCAAACCUCCCAGAACGUGACCAUGAUUCUUCUGGAACACCUCAACCUAACAGGAGAUCCCAGCUCCAUGAGAAUUUACUCUGUCCUGUCCACUGUUUCAAGCGAGGUAUCCGCUAGUCUCAGUGAGGCCUUAAUGGAAAAUUCUUCCUCCAUCCUGCUCCCAUAUGUGCUCAACUCUCUACAAGCAGUCACAUCUUCACUAUCUUUGGAGCUACCCUUAAAGGACCAGCAAUACCCGGAUGCCGUUUACAGCUUCAUGGAGACAGUGGCCUUGACUCUGAACCACACCAUCACCACAGGGGACAUAGCAGAUGGAAUGAAUAUGCUUUCCUACUCCAUCCAAAACCUCCUGAAGACCAUGAUGCCAAACAGCAGCAUGGAGACCUCGAGUGGAAUUAUGAGUAACCUGGAAAACACAGCCAAGGCGCUGCUUAUGGUUCUCACAUCAGGUCAAGACCUUUUAACUCAGAGUACUAACGUGACCAAUGAGAUGCUGUCCACCAUUCAGAAUUUGCUUGCCAUAGCUAACAGCAGCUCUGAGAUCGAUCUGGCUACUGCGAUCCUGGGGGCCUUCAAGAUGGACAUCGGGUCUCUGCUGGCGUCAAACGACAGUAACUGGUCUCAGAAAUUGCAAAUGGUGCUGUUAUCCAUCUCCAACACCCUUCCAGCUGACCUUCAGUUCGGCCCAUUCAACAGAACCAUCUUCGAAAGUUUGGCCAAUGAGCCCAAAGAAAAGCUGUAUGAUCUGCUUCAGACCGUCAGCACAGUUUCUCAACUUUUCUCAACCAACUGGAUGAACGACAGCUUCGGAGAUCUACUGAGUCAAAUACAGAUGCAGAUCUGCAGUCUGGAGAACAUAGGGUCAGUUCAGCUGCUGACUCAGGCCCUGUCUCUCAGCCCGGGUUUGCUUUGUCACAUGGCUCUGCCCAGCAUCAACGCUCUUCAUGUUCUCGCCUCCAACCUGGUGAACCAUACCAGCGACGUGUACGACCUGCUCUACCAGAACUUAGUGGGAGACCCCAGCUCUUACGACCUCAGAGUGAACUGGACCUCCAUCCUCUCCGACCUGCUCAGCAUCGAUAUAAGUGCUUUACCAGGCUACGGGUCCAACCAGACCACCAGAAGUACAGUGAAGGUCUCUGCCCUUCUGAAGAACGUGGACUUGUUUGUAUCUGAUGUCACUCGGUACACCAGCAUCCCUCCUCAUGUCCUGAACACUCUGCUGGAGUCGCCUCUGCCUGAGAGCAACCUUCAGGUCUUGUCUCAGCUAGCGAAGCUGCAGCAGUGUGCGGAUCUCUCGUCCCUGCAGCUCGACCCGGAGACGGUGCAGAUCCUCGGGUCUCUCUGCUCGCUGGCGGGUCAGGAGUGGUACAGUCUGGCGGUUCUGUCAGCUCAGCAUGUCAGCAUGGACAGCAUCAUGUACAAGCUGAUGCUGAACAGUGAGUUCCAGAGUCUCUUCAAUGUUCUCACCGGGAUGCUGAAGUUCUUCAUGGACGUGAUGAGUAAACUGACUCCCGCUCUGAACCGGCUGCAGGAAUAUUUCACAUCGUUCGGAGGCAUGAAGCUGAUGUCCAACUCCGAGUUCAGAAACUUGGUGAGAGGGAAACGCUCAACGAUGUCCAGCAAAGCCACGUUCGUCACCGUCUCUCGAGCCCUGUGCAAAAGCGGAAUAUUGUCACUGUUCGGAAUCUCGCAGCUUCCCAGCUUGAGUGAGAGCGAGCCGUCUCUCCAGGACCCGCAGAAAGUGGAGGAUCUCAUGACCAAGUUCAAAAUCCCAAAAGAUUCCACUCCGUACUGUAGAAACUUCUACCUGGACAUGGUGAGCACCACGGGAGGUGCUGUAGCCUGGGCCUUCCUCAAGCCCAUGCUCCUGGGACAAGUGCUGUAUUACCCUGACACACCACUCACUCAAGACAUCAUCAAGAGGUCGAACUUCACGCUGCAGCAGUUCGGUGACCUGCGCGUCUACGCUGACGAGUGGCUGCACACCUCAUCGUACCUCAUGCAGUCAGCGCAGCUCCUGAACAAAACUCUACCCAUGCUGAAGAAUUCCCUGAGCAAUCCUUUCAUCCAAAACUUCAUCAAAAAGCAGACUGACAUCGACAUCGAACAGAUGCAGCAAACUCUCAACUCCUUCUCGAACAUGACUCAGAUGUUGGAGAGUAACCAGUUCAUCCUGAAGCAGAUCACCACACUCUCCAACCUCAUGAUGAACCUCUCGUCCUGCGUCAACUUCGACCGCUACCGUGCCUUCAACUCCAUCAGGGAGCUCAGCAAACAGGCGGAGAAACUGGCCCAGAACCGUGAACUCUAUGCUAGUGUCAUUUUCAAGCUGCCCGCAGGAAACAAUGCGUCCUCCACCCUUCCUCCUAAAGUGGACUACACCAUCCGCAUGCACAUCGACAACUCCAUGAGAACUGACCGCGCCCGUGGCCCGUUCUGGGUGAGGGCCUCCUACAUCUCUCCGAUCUUGACGCAGCGCUACAACCGCGGAUUCAUCUACCUGCAGGAGAGCAUCGAGAGGGCCAUCAUCGGCAUGCAGACCGGGAAUCUGGUGCAGGAGCCGGCUGUACAGGUCCAGGCCUUCCCCUACCCCUGCUACUACAGAGACGAAUACCUCAAUAGCAUCACCUUCGCCUUCCCGCUGGUCCUGAUGAUCAGCUGGGUGCUCUUCAUCGCUAACUUCAUCAAGAAGCUGGUCCAUGAGAGAGAGCUCCGUCUUCAUGAGUACAUGAAAAUGAUGGGCGUGAAUCCCUUUAGCCAUUUCCUGGCCUGGUUCAUCGAGAGCGCUGCCUACCUCCUGCUCACCGUGAUCAUCCUGACCAUCGUCCUGAAAUCUGGCAGCAUCCUUCCCAAGAGCAACGGCUUCGUGGUCUUCCUCUACCUCAGCGACUACGCGCUCAGCAUCCUGGCCAUCAGCUUCCUCGUCAGCUCCUUCUUCGACAAGACCAACAUCGCCGGGCUGAGCGGCAGCCUCAUCUACGUCAUCUGCUUCUUCCCCUUCAUCGUGGUCAUGUGCCUGGAGGAGAGCCUCCCCUUAUCCAUCAAGACCCUGCUGAGCCUGUUCUCUCCAACGUGCUUCAGUUACGCCAGUCAGUACAUCACCCGCUAUGAGAAACAGGAAGAAGGUAUCCAGUGGCACAACAUGUACCUCUCCCCUGUGGCGGGGGACACGGCGUCAUUCGGGUGGCUCUGCUGGCUCCUCCUCAUCGACUCAGUUAUCUACUUCCUGCUCGGCGCCUACAUCCGCACCGUCUUCCCAGGGAAGUACGGUAUCGCCGCUCCGUGGUAUUUCCCCUUCACUCCGUCCUUCUGGGCCGACCUCUUCGGCUGCAGUAAGAAAGCAAGGAAGAAAGCAGCUAGAGGACUUCUCUUCUCCAACAUGAUGCAGGAGAGCCAGAGGAAUGGCAAAGACAAAAGCAAAGGUACAUUUGAUUUACACCCUCACGGUGACGAAGAGUUCCCUGAGCUUCCGGUCGGGGUUUCUCUGCGAGGUCUGACGAAGUCCUACGGCAAGAGGAACGCCAUUGAAAACCUGAACCUGACCUUCUACGAGGGUCAUGUGACCACAUUGCUAGGGCACAACGGAGCGGGAAAAACCACCACCAUGUCCCUCCUGACCGGGUUGUUCGCACCCAGUUCCGGUGCCAUUGAGGUUUACGGUAAAGACAUGCAGUCGUCUAUGAAGGACGUGCGUAAAGAGCUGGGAGUGUGCAUGCAAUACGAUGUCCACUUCGACCACAUGACCACUGAGGAGCACCUUCUGCUCUACGGCCACAUCAAAGCCCCCCACUGGAGCAAGCAGGAACUGCAGCAACAAGUGCGCAAGACUCUGGAGGAGACAGGGAUGUACCCUCACCGUCACAAGAGGGUGGGGACGCUGUCCGGCGGCAUGAAGAGGAAGCUCUCCAUCUCUAUCGCUUUCAUCGGCGGAUCUCGGCUGGUGGUCCUGGAUGAGCCCACCACCGGCGUGGACCCCUGCUCGCGCCGCAGCAUCUGGGACAUCGUCCUCCAGCAUAAGAGCGAUCGUACCAUUAUCCUGUCCACACAUCACCUGGAUGAAGCUGAGGUCCUGAGCGAUCGCAUCGCCUUCCUGGAGCGCGGAGGUCUGAAAUGCUGCGGAUCUCCGUACUACCUGAAGGACAAGCUGGCUCGAGGAUACAAGCUCACUCUCACUAAGAAGGUUCUGCCUCCUGACUCAGAUGACAGGUUUGAUAUGGACAUGGUGAAAUCAUUCGUCCACGCUCACCUGCCCGAGGCUCAGCUGAAGGAGGGAGAGGUGGGAGAUAUCGUCUACUCACUUCCUGUCUACAACUCCCAGAAUGCAUCUGCCUACCGCUCACUGCUCUGUGCUCUGGACCACAACCUGGAGGCGCUACAGCUGGGCUGCUACGGCAUCUCGGACACCACGCUAGAGGAGGUUUUCCUGCAGUUGACGAGAGACAGUGACCAGCGUGAGGAGGAGGAGACUCGCCCGUAUACAGUGUCCAACUCAGAGCUGGACACAGGAGCGUCUCGCGACAGCCUGAGUGAUGACCUGAACUCCAGCAUGUACUUCGGAGAGAGAGCCAGUCUCACAGGACACUCCACAGUGAGUGGUUUAGCACUGAAGGGUCAGCAGGUGAUGGCCAUGCUCAUCAAGCGUGUCCAUCACACCAGGAGGAACUGGAAGGGUCUGAUCUCUCAGGUUCUGCUGCCGGUGCUGUUCGUCAUCGCCGCUAUGGGCCUCGGCUCCAUCAAGAGCAACCUGGAGAACUUCCCCGAGAUGGAGCUGACCCCUGCCAUGUACGACUUUGGCAAACAGUACACCUUCUUCAGUAAUCAGAACUCCAGCUCCAGUUACCUGGUGGACUCCAUGAUGUCAUAUCCUGGCAUAGAUCACUACUGCAUGGAACACCCUGACAGCGCGUUGUGUCAGAAUAGAGGCACGUCAGUGUCGGAUCAGUGGACCUCUGAGGGAACUCCGACGCCUGUGUUUGAGCAAUGUCAAUGUGGGAACUUUUCACAGAAUUGUCCAAAGUCUGCCUACGUUCCUCCUCAUAAGACCAACCCCUCGUCUCAAAUCAUCUACAAUCUCACCAACAUCGACGUCGAGAGUUACCUUCUGGCCACCGCUAAUGACUUCAUCCGAGACAGGUACGGAGGCUGGUCCUUUGGGAACUCUCUUCCCAGCAGUCUCCAAAUGGACAUUGUAGAUGUGCCCAAGAACAGGACAUUAACGAAGGUGUGGUAUAACCCUGAAGGCCAUCACACGAUGCCGGCUUACCUCAACAGCCUCAACAACUUCAUCCUGCGCUCCCAAAUCCCUGCGAGCAAACAGCCACAGCAGUAUUCAAUCUCUGUGUCCAGCCAUCCCUACCCCGGACAGGUGGAAGAAGAGGAUGCUAUGGUUCGCAACUUGGUCAACGUCCUGGUGGCCAUGUGCAUCCUCACCGGCUUCUCCAUCAUGACCGCCAGCUUCGUCAUCUACGAGGUUGAGGAGCAUCACAGCGGCUCCAAGAGGCUGCAGCACAUAUCAGGCAUCAGCGAACCUUUCUACUGGAUCAUCAACUUCCUCUACGAUUUGGCCCUCUACAUGCUUCCCGUGACUCUCUCCAUCAUCGUGAUCACAGUGUUCCAGCUUCCUGCCUUCAAUGACAGACAGAACCUCGGCGCCGUCUCGCUGCUGCUUGUUCUCUUUGGAUUCGCCAGCUUCCCCUGGAUGUACCUGGUGUCAUCCUUGUUCAAAGACGCAGAGAUGGCCUUCAUCAGCUACGUGUGCAUCAACCUCUUCAUCAGCAUGAACAGCAUCGUCUCCACGGCCAUCAUGUACUUCCUGGGACAAGCUAGCCCGAACAACGAGCACAUCCAGGCCGUGUACAACAUCCUCAGCAAAGUGUUCCUGGUCUUCCCUCAGUUCAGCUUUGGGAACGGGUUGAUGGAACUGGCUCGUGUGGACCUGCAGGUCCAGAUACUGAGCACGUACGGGGUGGACGCCUAUAAGAACCCAUUUAGCCUGGACGUCCUGGGAUGGAUGCUCAUUUCGCUGGUCCUGCAAGGUUUCAUCUGCUUCACUCUGCGGCUGCUGAUGAACAAGUGGCUCCUCCGCAGAGUCAGGAGUUUGUGGACACGCCGGCAGUCCGUGCCUCGGACAGGAAGUCGGGGUGAGGACGUGGACGAGGACGUGUUGGCUGAAUGCCAGCGUGUGGACAGCGGAGCCGCUAGUUCGGAUCUGCUGCAGGUCAGUCAGCUCAGCAAGGUCUACCGACAUCUGAACCGCCGAGUGCAGGCCGUCAACAAGCUGUCCUUCGGCAUCCCAGCGGGAGAGUGCUUUGGAUUGCUGGGAGUCAAUGGAGCAGGAAAGACCACCACCUUUAAGAUGCUAACCGGAGACGUUAGUCCAACCCACGGCUCUGCACAAGUGCUGGACUGGGACGGGAGAAUGGUGGACAUCAUGGACUGCAGGAUGGAGGGGAUAAAUAUCGGCUACUGCCCUCAGGUGGACGCUCUGGACGAACUGCUGACAGGAGAAGAGCAUCUGUACUUCUACGCUCGCAUCAGGGGCAUCUGUAAGAGAGAGAUCGAUCAGGUGGUGAACUAUCUCCUGAAGAAGCUGGAGCUGAACUACCACAGACAAGUCAUCAGUGAACGCUACAGCUGUGGAACACGCCGGAAACUCUCUACAGCCCUGGCUUUGAUCGGACAGCCACAGAUCCUGCUCCUGGACGAGCCGAGCUCAGGAAUGGACCCUCGCUCCAAACGCCAUCUCUGGAAGAUCAUCUCUGAAGAAGUGAUGGGAAAAUGUGCCGUGGUUCUCACAUCACACAGUAUGGAGGAGUGUGAGGCUCUGUGCACUCGGCUUGCCAUCAUGGUCCAAGGCCAGUUCAGAUGUUUAGGCUCCUUACAGCACAUCAAGAACAGGUUCGGCAGCGGAUUCACGGUGAAGAUGUACCUGACCUCGGCUUCCUGCGACGUGGACUCCAUCACCACCUUCAUGCAGCAGCAUUUCCCCAGCACUUUCCUGAAGGACCAUCACUCGUCUAUGGUGGAGUAUCACGUUCCCGUGGCUCCCGGAGGCGUGUCUGACAUCUUUGACCAGCUGGAGUCCAACAAGGCGGCGCUGAACAUCAAACACUUCUCCGUCAGCCAGACCACACUGGAUGAGGUCUUCAUUAACUUCGCUAUGGGAAAGGUCGGCAGAGACGGACAGGACGACGACGGGGCCUCGGAUGUGGACGAUCCUGACGGUCAAAUGCAGUGAAAUGAAUGACUCACUCCUGGAGACUCCGAGUUAAUCCUUACUGUAAUUUUCCGAAGCUAUUUAAACAAAAAAGUCAUUACGUUUUAUUUUUUCAUGGAAUAAUGAAGGAAAUAAGGCACCUUGUCAGGACUGACUAAUUUAUGUCAUAAUGUACCUCUUCUCUUCUGAAAUGAUCAAAUCUGCAGCUUCAGAUCUCUCUGAUUUAAUCGUCCGUUACCUCUGUAGUUUUAUAAACUCUAUCUAUGCAAAUCCUGUGUCAUUAAUAUUCAUUACAAUGAUAAUAAUAAGGA